ACAAAUUCGCUUCGGCUGGUCAAAAGGCCAAAUGUAUGACGCCAGUUCCAGAGAAGCAGCAUGGAGGCGCAUGGUACCUUUGCUGCUGUGCGGUGGGGAUCGGAUGAAGUUCAGGGUAGUGGGAAGACGAGCGUCAGAGCUAGCAGUGGACCAAGCAAGUGCACCGCCAGUACCUCUGAGCCAGGUCCCUCCCAACUGUGGCUACAACAUGCAGAGGAACUUACUGUCACUUGUUAUGAUGGUUCCCUAUAAUGGCUGCAGUGUGGUUCAAGAGGGUGGCAGUUAUGUGCUUCCAAUGCGGUGGCAGGGUAUUCCAAUCUCCCUUUGGUGUUCCAAACCUGCAGCACCAGCUCUUAUGACGACUGCCUCUCAAACCCCUCAGGACCCCGCAUCAAACUCCCAGAUGCCCUACACUAGCAAAAAUCCAGACCAAUUGUAUUCCCAUGUUCCUCAACCCUUUUUCUUUCCACAACAAAUGCACUAUCCAUAUCCUUCAGUUGCCGUAUCGGAUCCUGCAGAACCCAUUAAGCAGUCAGAAAUGCCCCCAUUCCAGCAAUACCCUCCACCCUUUUCCCCCCUCUAUCCUUACUUUUAUCCCCCACUUCAAGCCACAAGAGCACCCCCAACCACCACUGCAAAACCAGAAUCCUUCAUUCCUCCAGAGUUUGUCUUACCUGGUUACAAACCAGUUGGUCCACCUUUUCUUUGGCCCUUUCCAUUACCUGUGCCAGCAGAUACUCAAACCACAACUAACGCUGACUUUUAUCCCCCCUCACUGCAGCUUCCACCCAAUGUGAAUUUCCUCUCCCAGUAUCCUAUCUUCCCUCAGUUUGUCCCUCUUUCACAAUAUCCGAACAACCCUAAUGCAGAUUUGGCGGCUGCUACUGGAAGCUCGGACACCGUACUCCCUCAAUAUGUUGUGCCUUUCCCUCAAUUUGUUCCUCAAUAUCCAAGCAAUCCUAAUCCAGACUUGGAAAGCGGAAGCACAGACACUCUGCUGCCUCAAGCUCAGUCUCACAAUUUUCCACACUUCCAUCAACAAGUUCAGUUAAUGCCCAAUCCCUCCCUUUCGUCAUAGUUUGAUGAAAAUGUAAUAAAGGCUUUAAAUAACA